CGAUCUGCCGCAGUUCAAGCAGAACAAUGGGGAAGAAAAGUGAUUUAAGUGCCUUUGAACGUGGCAUGGUUGUUGGUGCCAGACGAGCUGGUCAGAGUAUUUCAGAAACGGCUGAUCUGCUGGGAUUUUCACGCACAACCAUAUCUAGAGUUUACAAAGAAUGGUCUGAAAAGGAGAAAACAAGCAGUCAGCGACAGUUAGGUGGGCGAAAAUGUCUUGUUGACGCCAGCGGUCAGAAGAGAAUAGCCAAACUGGUUCGAGCUGAUAGAAAGGCCACAGUAAGUCAAAUAACCACUCGUUACAACCGAGGUACACAGAAGAGCAUCUCUGAACGCACAGCACGUCGAACCUUGAGGCGAUUGGGCUACAUCAGCAGAAGACCACUUCGGGUGCCGCGCAGGUCAGGCUUCCUGCAAGCCAAUGUUGUCAUAUUGCACAAGGACCUGGCGGAUGACUUUAAGGCGUUUUGUGGCACCAAUGCCGGCCCCUUGCCUCUGCUGUACAGCAGCCAAGUGGGGGAGUGGGGAUGCCCUCCAUUGGCGGCCAAUGCAGAUAUCAGAACCGACUGUCCCCAGUACUGUGUGUUUGAGAAGGGGGUGAUGACCAAGAAGGUGUCGGACCUGAUGUCCUACAGCGCUCAGCUGCAGGACAUGGUGACCUUCUACCUGGGCUGCAGCUUCAGCUUCGAGAAGGCCCUGGAGAAGGCCGGAGUGCCCGUACGCAACCUGGAGCAGGGCAAGAACGUCACCAUGUUCAGGACUGCGCGCUCCUGCUUUAGAGUGGGCCUCUUUGAGUGUCCUCUGGUGGUGACCAUGAGACCUGUGCCUCUGGAGAAGCUGGACACGGUAGCCCAGUGCACCUACCUCAUGCCACAGGCCCAUGGGGCCCCCGUGCACAUUGGAGACCCAGCCAUGCUUGGUAUCCAUGAUUUGUCGCAUCCAGAGUAUGGGGACCCGGUGACGUCGUGCCCAGGAGAUGUACCUGUGUUUUGGGCCUGUGGCGUAACAGGCGUGGAGGCAGUUCAGAGCAGCAAGCCUGCUCUGGCUUUCACUCAUUCCCCGGGCUGCAUGUUUGUGACCGACAAAGAGGACACCGCCACCUCCUCCACCUCGCCCAUGGACAAACCCUCCGAAUGCCCCCUGACCUUUUGCAUUUCCCAGAAUCCCCUGCACUACAGCAUCGCCUCCAAGGCCACGGUGCAGCAGAUUCGACAACUGGAGGAAAUAGCGGUGGAGGACCCUGGCCAGCGGGGUAUCCGAGCCCUCUUCAUCCAGGAUGAGCUGAUCAAGUCCUGCCUGUCUCUCUCGCACGCCUCCUCGGUGCUCAUCACCACGGGCUUCCCCACCCACUACAUGCACGACCCUCCCGAGGAGACGGACGGACCCCCUGGUGCCCUCGCCAUGGCCGCCAUGCUCCAGGCCCUGGGCAAGCAGGUGGCGCUGGUGACCGACGCCCGCGCCCUGGACAUGAACCGAAGGAUCGUGGAGGAUGCUGUGGAGAAGGGUGUGAUGAAGACAGCUGUUCCCCUGUGCGCCUUCCAAAACGGGGGACCAGAGGCAGCCCUGCAGUUCCUUUGCCAUGAUGGAGACCCCAAAAGGCCCAGAUUUGACCACUUGGUGGCGAUAGAGCGCACUGGACGGGCGGCUGAUGGGAAUCACUACAAUAUGAGAAUGAUAAACAUCAAACACCUAGUGGAUCCCAUCGAUGACCUCUUUAUUGCCGCCAGCUCCAUACCUGGGAUCACCACUACAGGCGUGGGCGAUGGGGGUAAUGAGUUGGGCAUGGGCAAAGUGAAGCAUCUCGUUAAAGAGCUCAUGCCCAACGGCAGUGUUAUCGCGUGCGACGUGUCUGCUGACUUUGCCAUCACUACAGGUGUGUCCAACUGGGGUGGCUAUGCCGUAGCCUGUGGGCUGUACCUGCUAAACUGCUGUCCCAUCCACCGGCGGUACCUACAGCAGGGCUUAGGAGAACUGCCCUCACCUCAGGAGCAGGAGACCUGGGCCAGCAGCCUACCCUCUGUGGAGAAGGAGGAAGAGCUUCUGUCCAUCCUUGUGAAGUACGGCGUGCGAAGCGGGAAGACAGCGAACCUAGCCAUGGAGGUGGAUGGCUUGACCUUUCACCCGACGCACUCUGACCUCAUUAGACGUCUGGUAGAGGUCACCUGGCGUGCCCCUUCCUCCUCCCAGUGAUGCCACUGGCUGUACACGUCAGCCAUUAGUGUGUGAUUCAUUCAUUUGCAGUUCAUGUUAUGGGGUCAGUUCAUUUUGGGCGUAUUGGUUGUGUAAGACUGUCAGUAUCUCACAACUUAGCUCCAAAAAUAGCUUGCCUAGGAUUUCCUUCGGUGCCUUUUGCGGAGUCAGCAAAAUGUACGUACAGUAUGCCAUGCUGGGAUGUCUCUUUUUUUUUCUAGUGUACCAAACCACAUUGAAAUCAUAAGUGUUGAUUACAGACCUCUAGAGUGACCAUGAGAUAUUAUUUGAGGAAAAUCACAAAAAAAAAUUUUUUGUCAUUAUCGUAAGCUACUGUAUGUCUAUGUGACUGAAUUAAAGGGCACAAAAUCCAG